AUGGCCAACAAUAACAUGUUAUCGAUGAUGAAGUUGCCGUUUCUAUUGCUAUUGAGCGCCGCUGUAGCCUUGGGUGGCUCUAAUGAUGGUGACACUGCUGCCUCUGAUGGCGGCGUUACAAGAUGUAGUCAAGCGUCGGAAGCCUUUCACAGCUCGCUGAUUCUCGUUCAUGUCUUUUCGCUCCAAGAUGACCGUGUUGUGGAUGACUGGCGGCCAUCCGAGACUGAGCAACAAAUGCUCGGGGAUCUCUUUAUCGAAACAUACAAUCGGGAACAAAACGGGGAUGGAUUCUGCGAUCCACACUACCGAAGGUUAAGCAGCGUCUCCGUCGAUGCCAUGCGAUACUCCAACGACGAGAUGGCCCGAUUUCGAACGAUGCAAGACGGCAAUGGGACAACAACAGUGACUGUUCCACUACGCUAUGAACUGGAGGGAUACUGUGAAGGUUGCCGCGAUGAGCUGUUUGGCAGCUCAUCAGAAGGGCCCUCUCUACAAGGCGAGCCUCCUCGAGGACUUCGAGUGAGAAAGUCCAUUAUGGCAGCUUCUACGACCAGCACCAGCAGUCAGUAUACUAGUACACCCAGGCUGCGAGCUGAUGCUCCCUCAGCAGCCAUGCCAAAUGACUGCGAAUGCCAGUCCACCCCUGAGACUCUGCGGAGAGCUCCAACCCAAGACGAGUUUCUCCAAUCCCUGAACCAAGCGAUUCUGGAACAACAACAACAAGACAAUCUAGUAACCAUUCAAUCGGCAACCAAAGAGCAGUCUCAGUCUCUGCUUCUGCCUGCCAGAAGAGCUCAAGCAGCAACCAUUGACAUUCAAGAGUACGCUUGCGAUGCUCCCCAGAACAGCUUUGACGCUACCGUCUUUCUCCAUGUCCCGGCUUCUACCGUGCUGGACACCACCAGCAUGACGACCCUGGGGGACAACUUUCGCCUGGCUUACAACAAUCUGACAUUUACACUCUGCGAUGUCUCCCACUUUCGCAAGAUUCUUCGUGUCACGGUAGAAGACGAUCAAUCCACAGUAUUGGACUCUGCUACCGAUAUUUCCCGCUCGUCCAAUACACGCAUCCUGACGCUGCACGUGCAAACGGAUUGCCUCGAUUGCAAUGCCACCACGCCCUUGUUUCAUGUGUUGCCUCGUCCGGCAACGUUGGCACCCGGGUUUGCACCCAUUCGUCCAUUUGGCGGCGGUGUGGCCAACGUCAAUACAAGGACGGAAUCGGCUUGUUUGUGCCCCAAGAAUGAUACCAAUGUCUUUCGGGCACCCACAUCCGACGAGUUCUUGGCGUACUUUGAUGGGAAUAGUAUGGCGACGACAGUGUUGGAGGUGGAGGAAGAGCAACGGUUGGAAUGCAGUGCUAGUAGUGCGGGUGUGGUCAAUACUAAUUUCACGUCCUACGCACACGUCGCCAUGGAUGUCGCUUGGGAGAAGAGCAUCAUUAAUGAGACGGAAAAACUCUUAUUGGAAGAGAUCUUUCGUGAUACGUACAAUGAGCUGGCAUACUCGCAGUGUGAUGAGCACCAUCGGACCGUGGUCAAUGUGACGCUGGUUCUGGAUCAGCCAUCCUCCAACGAAGCAACGGCGACUUUGGAACAGGAGAUGGAUACGGACAUUGUGCAUCGGUCGGUCGUGUUCUCAGUGGCAGCACAGUGUCGUCGUGAUUGCCCUUUAGAGUUGUAUCUGUUUGAUGAUGAACACACAGAUGCCACUCAGCUUAGUACCAACACGGGUCGAGUGGGGGGACGCAACUUGCAGCAAAAUGUUUGCACCUGUGCUCCAGGUGUUCAGCCAGGACAGUCCCUGUUGGAGCAAGACUUUUUGGUGGCAUUCAACCGACGAGUGGCGGCGUUGAAGCUGGCCACGGUGGAGUCGGCGCUAGACCUCGUCGAGGCAGAACAAGUGGACUGUGGCAACAGCACAAACGAUACCACGCCAGAACUGAGGGUCUUUACGUCCUCCGUGCUGGCCGAUGUCAGCCUCGAUCUAACAAACUUGACAGACGCGGAACGGUUGAUCCUCGAACAAACCUUUUUGCAAACGUACAAUGAUUUGACGUUUCUGGGGUGCGAUGACAAGUUCCGGAGCAUCGUGAGUGUGAGUCUGCAAUCCGAUCCGGCCGCCAACAAGGAUUCAUUCCGUGAUCGAGGAAACAGGCUGAAAGUCCCAGGCUUCAGGCGGUUGUUGUCCAGCAGUGACAAUAAUAGCACAGCCAUCAACGAUGAUAACAACAGCACGUCAACUGGCCCUGACAGCCAAAAUGCGACCGACUUGGCCCCGGUGGCCGCCGUAUUCUCUGUGACUGGCACUUGCAGAAACUGCCCAGUUUCCGAAACUGGAACAUUCAAUUUGUUCGAUGACGCCUUUGGUGAAGGCUCGUUCUCUCGCCGACGACAGUUGGCUAGCAGCAGCAGCGUCGUUGGUCUUUCUGGACGCGCACUCCAAGAGCAAGUGCGGCCCGGUGUUUGUUUUUGCCCCGUCGGAGUACCGCCAGGCGAGAUGCAGGGACCCACGGCAGGGAUUUUCCAGUCAUUGCUGAACCAACAGGUGGCUGACUUACAGGAGGAAGAGUCCCUUCCUCCGCCAGUCUCAGGAUACAGUUCCAAGAACUCGACGUUGACGAACAUUCAAGAACUGACCGUAGAGAAUGUGAUUGAGGUUCAUCCAGUGGACUGCGGUGGCAAUGUAACAAACUUUCAAUCAGCGGUUUACACUGGACUCCGAGUUAACGAAGGGUCCUUGGACGGGAUCGAAAAGGGAGAUAUUGAACAAGGGUUUAGAGCUCUCUACAAUGAUCUCUCCUUCACCGGUUGUGAUGGUUUCUUUCGCACAGUCACAAAAGUUGAGUUGGUUGUUGGUGAAAUCGUGGGUUACCAGGGUGACUUGCGUCGACUCCAAGUUGAUGGUAACGGCACUCUGCCGUCGAACACAACGAAUGCGACAGCAGUGACGGAGCCAACAGUUUUCCUUGUCACUGGACAGUGCAGAAAUUGUCCUGUCACGCGCUCGGGAUCGUUUCAGCUGUUCGACGACGGCUUUCGUCGGGCUCUCUCCGAGUCACUUGAAGUGAGCCCUGAUGGAGGCAUUGUGAGCCGUAGUCUGUUUGAUUUACCCGAAGACUCCUGUUACUGCCCAGCUGGUGCAGAGCCAGGAAGAGGCCCGUCUUCGGAUGAGUUCGUACCGGAUUUCAACGAUGUGGUUGUACAAUCAGUCAAGGGAGGACAAGAAGACAUCGUGUUCGCUAGAGCGGAUCAGAAAGUUGCAGAAGUGGACAUUGCGUGUGCUUUCGCUGAUCUAAAGGUGGUCGAGGCCACAUACACAGUGACGCUUCCGCGCAGUGUGUUGGCGUUGCCUCCCGACGAGCUGCGGUCUUUCAUUGACAGGGCCUAUCCCCAAGCUUACAAUGAGUUCCGAAACGAAGAGUGUUCUCCGGUGCUCCUUCAGGCCGACCUCCCAACCAUGUUCAGACGGCUGCAAGUGCAGCCAAGAUUCGAACCAAUUCGACGAACCCUCCGAGUGGUUUCUCUUCAACCCAGCGAUAGAGGCACUGAUGCUCUCUACGACGCAAGCGACCCACAGCAAGAAAUCAGGGUAGCCCAGAGGGUUGAAGAGAUCUUUAUCUUGUCUCAGGCAAGGGGGGAUAAUUUUGAGAUUGUUUCCGAAGCUCCCACCACGACAUCGAUUAUGCCCUCGACUUCAGUCCCUACUUUGCCUCCCAUCCCGACCCCUUUUCCAACCCCAGAUCCGACGCCCAGUCCAACGAAAAACCCAACUCCAGACCCCACACUGCCACCGACACCCCCACCAACGAAUCCUCCUACAGCACCACCAACGAACCCGCCCACCAAUCCUCCUACUGCACCACCAACGAACCCUCCAACUGAGCCACCCACUCCACCGCCUACCGUGACACCUGGCUCACCCUCAAGUAGCCCAACCACAGGUUCUCCAACAGGAUCUCCCUCCACGAGCCCGUCCACUAGUCCAAGCGAAGCACCAACCGACCCGCCAACUCCGCAUCCCACUUGGGAAAGGGCGACUUUGGUUCGGUUUGUAUUGAUCGACUGUAGCACUGGUGCGGCAGUUUCAGGAUAUGAAACUCUCUCCGAUGGGGCGGUAUUGGAUCGCAGCACGCUCCCUGCAGAGAUCACCAUCGAAGCCAUUACGGACCCCCCAGAGAUUGGAGAAGUCCAAUUCUAUAUGGACGGGGCGACAACGCCGACCAUCACAGAGACCAAGUUUCCUUACUCGUUAUCCAGCAACAGGGGAGAUGGCUCCUUUCGUCCAUCUACGUUGUUGGAACCAUCACCGAACACCAGGACUCUUAGAGCCGAUCCUAUUUGGUAUUGGGGUCUGGUGGGGACGUCUCUGGAGAUUUCCUUUACCAUAGUCUAA